CAACUGGUUAAAAUUUUAAUUAGCAGUUAGUUAUCCUCUGCGGGAAAUUAGACAGAAAGGGGAGAAAAGGGAAAAAGAAAAAACAUAGCCGCCGGAAGAAAACAGAUGGAGAACGCGCCGGCGAUUCUGAGAGAGUGGUUCGACCGAGUUGACUCGGAGAAAGCCGGGAGCAUCACUGCAACUCAGCUCAAGAGUGCUUUGGCGGUUGGCAACCUGGAAUUCCCUAUUUCUGUGGUUCAACAAAUGAUCAGGAUGUACGAUUUUGAUGGGAAUGGGACUAUGAGCUUUGAUGAAUUCGUUGCACUGAACAAGUUCCUCAUAAAGGUUCAACACGCCUUCUCAGACCUAGAGAGGAAUCGUGGGUACCUUGUUGCUGAUGAUGUAUACGAGGUAGGAUUAGUAAAAGUUGGUUUCUCCCUCGACUCACCGUCUUUCUACACAGUGUGUGAGAGCUUUGAUAAGAAGAAGGAUGGAAAAUUCCGUCUGGACGACUUCAUUUCUCUCUGUAUCUUUGUACAGUCAGCUCGGAACCUUUUCAAUUCCUUCGAUACAGCUAAGCAAGGCAGAAUUAGUCUUGAUCUCAACCAGUUCAUCUACUGCACUGCCAAUUGUAGAAUAUGAAGGAGUUACAUCAGCCAUUGCUCCUUCCUCAACCAGUGAACACUUUGAGCUUGAUUCUUUACCCUACUUAUCUCUCUUGUGUAGUUUCUUUCCUGGGAAUUUGGUUAUGCUAAGCUCCAUUCAUGAGCAUUCUUGUUGAUGUAAUGUGUAAGCGACAUUCUCACGAUACCCUACUUCACGAAACAAGAUGAAAAAAUUGAUUUCAUGAAGUUAUCUUCCCUCAACCAUGAUGAACCAAAUGGACAUCUGAGAAGAACUAUACCUUACCAAAUGAGAUUCGUGUAACGUCCGAAAUUUUCACAUCUCUCGUCGCAAAAUUAUUUCUCUUCAUCUUGACUCAUGUCUAAUGACAUUAUUAAUAUAAGCAAGGGUAUAAUGGUGGACAAUGGUUCACAUUUCACACGCACUUGAUUGUAAGAUCAA